CUGGCGUACUUGCGCAACACACGGCAGCGGCUCUGCUCUUUCUUCUUCGUAGUGGGAUUUAGGGUUUAGAUUGCCGAGAGAUCGAGAGAAAGAGAUGGCAUUUGCAGCUUUUGCUUCUAAAUCGUCUCGCGGUGCUCGUUCAUUGUUAAGCAGCCUCAACAGCUAUACUAUUGGUUUACAGAGACCUUCACAGGAGAUCACGUGCAGCAGUAUAUUGUCCCAGCAAAGGACUUUCAUACAGAUGAGGACCAACCUCAAAGUGGUGGACAAUUCGGGGGCCAAGCGCAUAAUGUGCAUACAAGCAUUGAAGGGGAAGAAGGGAGCGAGGUUAGGCGACAUGAUUGUUGCAUCAGUCAAGGAAUCCCAACCAGGCGGCAAAGUGAAAAAAGGCGACGUUGUUUAUGCUGUUGUUGUGCGUGCUGCGAUGCAGCGGGGCCGUUGUGAUGGCAGCGAGGUUAAGUUUGAUGACAACGCUGCAGUACUUGUCAACAAGCAAGGCGAACCGAUUGGAACUAGAGUAUUUGGGCCUGUUCCCCAUGAGCUGAGGAAGAAAAAACAUGUGAAGAUUCUGAGUCUUGCAGAGCAUAUUGCUUGAGGUAUGUAAUGUACUUCGUCGUCCUCUUGUUGUUUGGUGCACUUCUUGCUCUCACAUUGCCAUUCCAUUAUCGUUUGUACUUGUCAAAGGAGAGAAAGAAGCUUCAUGCAGGGUUUGAUGGCAAUAUUCAGCUGAAUUUCACAAGCCAAAUCUUAGAGGUCGUUUGAUUUUGUAGUCAGUUUUCACUUGUUCGUUUUCAUACUUUUGUCUUCAGUUUCAGUCCCAAGAAUGGGAACUGAACUUUGAUUCUUGCUGUCUUAACUGUCAGAAAACAUGUAAAUUAAAACUAAAAAUACUGUUUGAUUUUUGAUUUUUGACUUUAGAUAAUAAGAAAAGAGACUCUGUAGAUACUUCAGAUCUA